UCCCUCUUUCUCUGCUCCCCCUCUCAGAAAGAAAAAUGGCGUCUCCCUCUCUCCUAACACACACCUCCACUUCAAAACCAAUUGCUCUCAUCCGAUGCAAAUCCACCAUCACCGGCACUACUCCCAAACCAACCUCAAUGGCUCGACAGACAGGACGACGUGAAUUAAUGGUGGGGAUUUCUGGAGGACUUAUACUUCCAACAUUGCUUAUUCCAGUGUCCCCAUCUCUCGCGGCUUCUGAUGAAGAGUAUGUGAAAGAGACGGAAGAGGUGAUAAGUAAGAUAAGAUCAACAAUCAAUAUGGAUAAAACCGAUCCAAAAGUAGCUAUGGCGGUGGCCGAACUCAGAGAGGCUUCCAAUUCAUGGGUAGCUAAGUAUAGGAGAGAGAAGGCUUUGUUGGGUCGGGCUUCUUUCCGCGAUAUGUAUUCAGCCCUCAAUGCUGUGUCGGGGCAUUAUAUCAGCUUCGGCCCGACUGCUCCAAUACCCGCAAAGCGCAAAGCUAGAAUUCUAGAAGAGAUGGACACCGCUGAGAAGGCACUUCUCAGAGGAAGGUAGAUGCUCCAAUCUAUAUGGUCGGAAGUUCCUUUUUCACCUUGUUUUUUUUUUUUUUUUUAAAUAUAUAUAUUUUAUUAAUUUCUAGAAUAGAAAAUUAGGUUCAAAUUAUGUAGAGCUUUGAGCCUUGAGAGAUCUGGACUUGAAUUAUCGCAUUUUUUUUUCUUGUAUUGGUUGUUCUUGAAAGAUUCUAUGAAAGGCAGGGGCCAGUUUUCAUGGCAGAAAUUGAAAUGCAAGGAAUACAAUCAGCUCUAU